AUGCGUAAGUCAGAUUCGUUCCAGCCACCCACUCCAGGUGGGUUACAGAAGAACAAGGAGGCCUUUAGCUCCCCACCACCAUCCAUCACCCUUAGCCAGCCGCCUGACGUCCAGCAUGGGUCUCAGCUGUUUACCAAGCUACACCUGGCUGAGAUAGAGAAUAUGUUUGAGGAGGACGUCAACUCAACUGGAGCCCUGGACAUGGAAGCUUUCAUCAAGGCCAUGAAGAAGAUUUUGAGCAGCGUGUCGGAUGAGAUGCUAGAGGCACUAUUUUUGAAGAUGGACUCAGACUGUAAUGGCUUCGUCACAUGGCAGAAGUACGUGGAUUACUUGAUGCAGGAGUUCCAGGGAAUGGAGGAGAUGAGGAAGAGCCAGUACCACCUGCGCUUCCACCUUCCCAUGACGAUCGUCCCCCUGAAUCACGGGUGUGAGGUUGUGAAAGUGGAGUUUUUAAUCCACCGGUUCAAGAAGAUUGGGUGUUUUCUGACUGUCACCAAAGAUGGAAUCCUGCAGUUCUGGACUGAGUCCUUCUCUCUGAUUAGCUCCUUUAGGCUUAACCAGAUCCAGCAGCCCCACAACCAGCAGAUGUGGGUCAUCGACAUGGUGUGUCUACAUAACAUGAACCUCGUUGCGAUUGCGUCCGCUGAACAGAAGAUAGAGUUCUUUGAUAUUAGUCACCAUAAAUGUGUCCGGGCCUUCACCUUUAUUGAUCUGGACAGCUGUGUCCUGGUCAUGGACUACUGGUCUGACUAUCACAGAGGUGUGUUUUGCUUCGGGGACACCAAAGGCAACGUCAUUGUCUUCACCUCUGAAAAUGUGACCAACGGGCUGUUCAACCCCCGCAUCCUCCCCAGGGCUUCCAAAUGGGAUAUCUGGACCAGUGUUUCCAUGCAGAAACUCUUAAAUGAGAAGUCCACUUCUUAUAGAAGUUACCGACAGAAGGCUCUCCAUCCCGACUGGUGUCAGCAGGUCAAGUUCAUUCCCCAGCUGAACCUGGUAGUCUCCUGUUCAGCCAUCGAGAAGUUUUCUCUGGUGCUGACGAUAUUGCCAUCCAAAGCCUCCGAGAAACCCAAGUUGCUGGUGUUGAAUUUAAGAAAAGGGAUUCUUUGCUUUGAUUAUUGCCCAGACAGGAACUUCCUGGUGACUGGUGGUUAUGACCCUGUCAUCCGCCUGUGGAACCCCUUUGUCUCUAAAAGUCCUGUGUGGCUGAUGAAGGGACAUCAGACCUCAGUGACGCACAUUCUCGUGAACAGCAAGAACAGCAGUAUCCUCAUCAGCAUCUCCAAGGACAAGAAUAUCCGUGUGUGGGACAUGCAGGACUGCGUAUGCCUCCAGUCCUUCUGCGGGAAGCUUUUCACCCUGGGAAACUGCCCCAUCACCAGCGCCUACUUCCACAAGGACGAUACCCUCAUCUGCAGCACUUAUUCAAUUGGCAUCCUAAAAGGGUAUCUGGGGGCCCAGGGGCCUCUGAAAGCAGGGAAGGUCACAACUCACAGUACCUCCCUGUGUGCUGUCCUCUACAGCAAGAUCUUCAAGCAGGCGGUGAGUGGCUGCCUGAGUGGCACAGUGAGUGUGUGGGAGGUCACGACGGGCAGGAAGAUGAUGGAGUUCUUGGUGACUGGUACCCAGAACGUGGAGCUGACUGCCAUGAGCCUGGAUGAGUCAGAGCGGUGCCUGCUCACAGGUUUGCAUGAUGGCACCAUGAAGAUGUGGAACUACAACAUCGGCGAGUGCUUGUUGACCUUUCCCAACCCGGACCAGCUAGAGAUUAGUGGGAUUGUUCAUAUGAACAAAGUGUUCUAUGUGACGGGAUGGAGUAAGAGAAUCACUUAUUUCAUGUUCCAUAAGACCAAGCCGGUACUCUUGUGCUACCACUGGCAGACCUUCCACACGGAGGAUGUCCUGAGCAUGGCCAAGUACCAGAACCAGUUCCUUGGGACCUCCUCCUACAAUGGGGACAUCCUCUUCUGGAACAUCAACAUGUUAAAGCCCAUCUUCAAUUUCAAUGCGUCUGAGAGCCCCUUGCCCUUGCAGCCCCAGAGGGUGAAAGAAAUGGAGUGCCUGGCCGAGAACUAUGGACCCAGCAAACCCUGUGUGGUGAAGAAGUGGACAUACAAGGCUCGUAGGAAGCUCAGCACAAGGACUGUGGCCAAUGCCAACCUGAGGCGGAACGUGAUGUCGGCUCCCCUGGUGAUGAGACGGCCGAGAGACAAGGAGCCAGACGACCCUGUGCCCCAGCAGAAACCUUCCAGUGCUGGCACAUCAAGGCAGCCAAGCAUGCCCCAUCGCAUGCAGUCACUUCACAAAGAGGCCGAAAAGAGAAAAGGGGAGUUCCAGAAGAAGACAUUGCUGCGGUCCUGCGCCUCGGUGGAGAAGAUAAUCUUCCUGCAGACCAGGCCUCGCCUGCCACACAUAGCUGCCCUGCUGAGCAGCUGCAUUGACGGCUACAUCUACGCCUGGUCCCUUCACGGGAAUGGAGGCCUGCUGGGGAAGUUCCCUGUGGACCUCAAAGACAGUGGGGACGUUGUCGUAGGUGCCAUGGCCACUGAUGAAAAUGACUGGAUCCUCAUCACGGGGGAUUGUAAAGGAUACAUCAAGAUCUGGGACAUCAAGGAUUACUGCACAUUCAUUGACCAGCAGUCAUUCCAACCCAGUGUGGGCAAGGCCAUCUCUGAAACAGAGAACAAGUUCCGGGUCUUAAUUUCUAAACAACUCGGGGUCAGCGUCCCAUACUACAUUCCCCUGGAGGAGAAGGAGAUCGUGAAUGGCCAGACCAUUUCCCUGGUUCCCCCCAAGCUCCUGAUUACCUGGAAGGGCCAUUUGGAUAGUGUGGUAGACAUUCUGUAUGUGGACAACUUCCAGCUGGUGAUCAGCGCUGGCCAAGACCGGGAUGUCAAGGCUUGGAAACUCUCCGGUGAUGCCAUUGGGACGUUUGGCUUGAGUGUCUGGAAAAGACUACAGGAUGCUCAUGGUGGUCAAGAUGAACAAGAAGCAACCUUGGAGGAGAAGACUGACUCCACAGGCACCUCGGACAAGGACUACCGUCUGGAGCUGCAGGAGGAGCGGGACCUUGCUGAGGUUCUGGCGUACCAAAGGCGAGAGCAGGCGGCACUGAUGGCCCUCCUGCAUGGGAAGGCAGAAACAGAGGCAGAGGCUUGGGCCACACUGCAGCAGAUGACCGCGAUGUCCCCAUGGACUGGAGAACGCUGCCUGGAAGACAUCGAGGACAGCUGGAACCAGUGGGAGUCCAAGGGCAAGCAGGUGAGCAAAGUCUUGGGAGCAGCAUAUAAGCCCAAGAAACGGUUGUGGAGUCCCAGACUCCUGUCUGCCGAUGUGCAGUAUGGCUGGAUGAAGUAUCAGAUCUCCCCUCAGAUCUACCAGAGCCUGCACUUCAGUGAGCUGACCCCCAUCCAGCAGCCUGACUUCCUGAUGCAGAGGGCCAUGGACCAGCAGGGCCGGCAUAUCCACUUGAUGACCCACGACAGGCAGAAAGACCUGGAAGCUGGCCGGGAGCAGGCUGGCACGCCUGCGACCACCUCUCCGCCCUCCUCCUCGCCGUCCCCAGUAGCCUCCGCUGCCAAGUUGCUGGGCUCUGACUUGCUCACCUUCCUGAGGCCCUAGUCCUCUGCCUCCCUGCUGCAGCCCUGGUUGGCCUCCAUAGCCCAGUCUACCCACUCCAUCCCAUCCCAGCUGUCUGAGUUCAUGCAGCAGAGGUCGGCGACCCACAUGCCCAUUGCCUCCUUUCUCGAGCAGUACGCAAAGCCUCUGAAGGCCAACCUCAUGUCAUCCAUGAAGAGGGACUCCCACAUCAGGUUCUGA